AUGGAAAUCAGAGAUUCGCCUGGUGAAUCAAUCAUUGGAAUCAGGAGAAAUGUACAGAGGUCGCAAAUACUCUCAACCUCUUCGGAAGAUGCAAGCAAUGACAGCGAACCGCUAGCUAUUGAGCUGGACGAAAGUACCACGGAAGAAGAAUAUUUCGACUCGGAUAUAGAGGAAGGUGACCUUGAUGACGGAUGGCAGGAAAUAAUCGAAGGAGGUGCUGCCACGAAUGUAUGUUGGGAAGAAGAAGAGCUGUUAAUUGAUGACAUGAACAGCGACGACCCUGUUUUCUUGUAUAAAUUAUUCGUCACAGGCUACAUAUUAUUAGUGAUCGUUGCGGAAACGAAUAAAUAUGCUACCGAAUGCAUGAACCACUCUGCAAUUCGCAGCAGAAGACAACAACAGGCCUGGCAGCCUUUUACAAAAGAAGAAAUGAACACCUUUAUUGGUACCCUGCUUAUCAUGGGUGUACUGCGGCUACCUGAAAUUAGAUUAUAUUUGUUGCAAACAGACGUGUAUUCGAACACACGUAUAAAAAGGGCGAUGGAAGGCGAUCGGUUUAUAUCAAUAUUGAAAUACUCAUAUUUUUUCGAUAAUUCCACCGCUAGAACUGAGAACCGUUUGUAUAAACUGAGAAAUAUUGUUGAUGCAAUUGUCCACACGCUUCAGAAUUCUGUAAAAUCUGUUAAAAAUAUUUUAAUUGACGAAACCAUUUUUCCGUGGAGAGGACGCCACAGUUCUCGGCAAUAUAUUCCAGGCAAGCUGCAUUUGUGUGGCAUAAAAAUUUAUAAACUAUGCCUUCCGGAAGGACACCCACAACAUCAAUAUGUAUGCCGGAAAGAAUGA